AUGACCAACUUCCUCAAAGAGCCAUUCAAAACAAAACUCAAGUGGUACUUUGCUCAGGAUAUCAUUCAGCUCAACAACAAUGCUGACAAUGGGGAAUCUGUGAUCAUACCCUCACUACGGCAGUGUUGGAAUCACAAUUAUCAGGUUAUUCUGUCAUAUGAUGACUCAGCUGCGUCUGAAUAUGAGGAAUUGUGGCCACAGUGUGAAUAUUGGUGGGCAAAUACAUCAGAUCCAAAACAUGUCAUAUCUUACCUGGAGGAGAGAGAAACAGAAGGAAGACCAGGUCAGUUUUUUGCUACUGGUCUGAACCUAACUGAGGAUGCUAAGUAUGUUCUUUCUCAUCUGUGCCAGUCUUUACAAAGUAUGACCUUGAGCUCAUACAGUCUGCUUUUGAACUGGGUCAAACAGCAACGUCCAGGCCCGGGCACAUCAUGUGUCAACAUCAUCUGUGCAGAUUUUGUGGGGGCUUUCAGCAAUGAAUUCACCCAGCUGGUUAUUGGACUCAAUCAAACACUCUUAGAGCAGACCUGACCCUUAAAUCUGCCAUAAACAUUACAUAAAUGUAUCAUCUUUCUUGCAGUGUAUCUUGUUGUUUUUAAUG